CACACACACACACACACACACACACACACACACACACACACACACACACACACACACACACACACUCACCACAGGCUCCUCUGUAGCCCCCCGCUCCUCUCUACUCCUCUUCUCUCCUCUUCUCUUCUCUUCUCUUUUCUUCUUGUCUCUUCUCACCACCGAUCCAUCUUUCUUUCCUCCCGCCUGCAAUCCUGUCUCCUCAGGUCCACAUUUGUUGUUCAUUUUGUUUGUUAAUUUUGAGUUAUUUCUCCUUGUUUUAGCUGCCACUACGCCUGGAUAACUCUGCCACAGUGGACUGGGGUGGUAAAAACACCUGUUUUAAGAUGGGACUGCAAAAAGCUGUGCAUUUCUAGCACUGUUUUUAGAGUACCAAACGUCUUCAGGAAAGUCACAGUUUGGGCAUCACCUCUAUUGUAAUAUCAGCGUUUCAAACCGCUUUGGUAGAACCGUGGCAGAGUUGAGCAUGUAUUAUGGCCGGCUGUCUGAUGCAAUUCUCUCUCUUUUUUGUGUGUGUUUUUGAAUGUAAGUAUUAUCAUGGACUUGGAACACAAAGCAAUGGUGUUAAGCUAGUUAAGUAACAGAAUCAGUAAUUGUAACCCAUCUAGCUUGUGAGAAAAUGUGCAACCAAUCCUUUGAGGAAUAACAAAAAAAGGAGGGGUAAAAAAAAUUGAAUGAUCAGGAUUAAGUGUUGUGUUUAAAAUAUGAGUUUAUCACCAUGUUUGAAAUUGACUUUGGUUGAACUUCCAAAUUGUAUGACUAUGAAUGAAAUGUUCAGACAUAUAUUUCAUCAUGUUCAGGCAUAAUGGCAAACGCUCCCACAUGAACAGUCUAGUUAAGUAUUGUGCAAUACCAUGGCUCUGGAACAGUACAAUGUUGUAGACAUGCCAGUAAUAAAGUGAAGGUCUUCUGUUUGAUGAAAGGUACUGUGUGUUGUAGGCUUUUUGUCAACACUCCUCUACCGUUUUGUUACCAUGUGUCUGAAGUAAUGAAAGCAAAUGUGUUCUUUGCACUAUGUACAUAAUAGCAAACAACCUCUUGUAACUAAUGUGAAAAAGUACCUUUUUCAGUGUGUGGCUGUUCUUUAUAUUACUAUUUAAGAGUUGCUCUUUAAAACUGUACAGCACUAGUAACAUGUAGAUGCCUCGCAUACCUAAUUGUAAUCUUAACUAUCUGACUUAUCGUUAAUGAUAAUAAAAUGUUGUUUAAAAAAAAAAGGAACAAGGUCAUGUGUGUUUUUCAAACUAGUUUUGGUAUAUAAAUUGUAUUUACACAUUUAGGCUUAGGUUGACAUCGUUUUUUUUUUUUUUUUUUUUACACCAUCUUCCUGCCUAAUCCUUGCUGCUGCGUAGGCCUAAUAGAAAGCCCAGUAUUGUUCAGUUCAUGUUCGAGUUGGCAUCUCCUAAAACAGUUGUAAACUCGUUGGCUACAUGUGGGGUUCAGUCUAUAAUAGGUGUUAUGAUGGGACGUUCAGGGAGGAUUAGAUUUUCUGGAUCUGAUAGGACGAAUAUGCAAACAAACUGCCUCUGCCCUUCCGGUACAGUAUCUCAUAUUUGAAUGUUCAGGGGAAGUCUGUGGGCUAAAGACCAGUUAUGGGUUGGUUAAGGCUGAGCCUCAUCCGGUCUUAAUGUUCUUGCCUGUUAACGUUAAUGCAACGUAAGCUUCAUUACAAAUUACGAAAGGCAUCUUCUAAUUUCAUAUUUUAUUUAAAACGGUCUAGUACAAAGGCAGGUCCACAUAUGACAUCAUACCAGCUGAAUUAUCUUGUGAUUUUAAGCAGGACUCUGUUUACGGAGACUCUCGCUGAUUAAUGUUAGCCUAAUAUUGUCGCUUCGAUAGUUUGACAGAGUGCUUCAGGAAGCUGAAUCAGAUUGUGACUGGUCCAUAAAAAGAACACGGACUUGAAAAAAGCGGCUUUGUAAUUUCCCUGGAGGAAAAUACUAUAUGUGUCAGUGUCCAAGGUAACGAGCAUUUAGAGAUGCUUUUCGCAUCUAGUGUGUCUUUCCCAGUCACUAGCUUCCGUUUAAUUCCCUCUGCCUUCACACCAAAUCGGCUGAACGUUUGGCCAAACACAAGGGCAUCGUUCACCUGUCCGUGUGAUUGGCUGCCCUAAGAUAGAAAACUGAUUACAAUACUAGAGAACGUUCAAAUGGUUGCUGCUAUGGUGGAUGAGUCAUUCGGCUUGUACGCGAUUGGGCGAUGGUUUUGCGGAGAAAAAAAAGCUCGGGGGACUGUCAGUCAAUUAAAGGCAUCUUCUCCCCCAUUCACGCGUUUCUCAGCAUGCGCAGUACUGGAGAGCAACUCAUUCAUAAAAAAAGGAAACUUCAUUCAUGAAAACUGCGACAGCGCUCGCUGUAGCACCGCGGCGCAAAGAGGACCUUGACUCACAUACACACGCGUACGCAUUCUGCCGAGGAAGAGGCUUUAUAGUGUGAGUGUCGGGACCUCUUUUUGCUAUGGUGGCAUUGCUGGGGAGCGGUAAACUAACCCGUCAGGGUGCUACAGGAUAACAUUGCCAUCCUGGAUAUGGCUCUGCCCCACGGAGGUCGUCCAGCCCUUGGCGAGUGUGUGAGUGUUUGUCCAACUUCGACGGCUCCCUCCCUCUGCCCUCUGUGGCUAUGAAAGAGUCCAACUUGCCCAAAGUCUGUGCAAACGCUGGUCUCUUCGCUCAGAGAGGCAUGCUGUACCGAUCCAAGUACAGCCGCCUCCGCAACGACUCGGUCACCUCGCUGGAGGACAGCCCUCAGGGCAGCAGCGGACCCCUGAAAGUCGGCACCAACGCCCCCUGCGUGGCCCCCGACCCACCCGGCAGCCUGGCCCUCCUGGACCCAGUGGCGCCUCCCCCACAGGAGGGGAGCUCGUCCACCCUGUGCGCCUUCAUUCCCCGGAUGGCCAACAUCAAGAUCUCCAGCCCAGCCUCGCUGCUGGGGCGGCGGGGGCUGAGUCCCAGGCUGAGCCCCCGGAACCAGCCCGCACCUGCAUCCGACUGCUGUCCUGGCACCACCGGUCAUCACGGCAUGUCCUGUCCUUUGGCACGCAACCCGGUGUGUGUGUCAUCUUCCUGCAAGGCCAACAUGGAGAUCGACUGGUGCAGACUGGACCAACCAGACUGCGGAGUGUCUUUCAAGAUCAAGUACAUGGGCUGCUUGGAGGUGAUCCAGUCAAUGAGAGCUCUGGACUUCGAAACAAGAACGCAAGUCACACGGGAAGCUAUAUGCCGGCUGUGUGAAAGUGUACAGGGGGCCAAGACAGCGCUGAAACGGAGAAAGCCCCCACGUAAAGGCCUGUCAACAAUUCUGGGCAAGAGCAACCUGCAGUUUUCUGGAACAAACCUCAAGCUGAGUGUAACGAUGAACAGUUUAAAAUUAACCACUCUUGAUUCUCUUCAGACUGUGGCCCACCAUCCUAUGCAGUCUAUCUCUUUUGCCUCCGGAGGAGACCCUGAGACUGCAGAUUAUGUUGCUUAUGUUGCCAAAGAUUCUGUCAAUGAAAGAGCGUGUCACAUAUUGGAGUGUCCAGAGGGCCUGGCGCAAGAGGUGAUCAACACGAUCGGACAGGCAUUUGAAAAAUGUUUCCGGCAGUUUCUGAGCAGUCCGCCUUCCCUCACGGUGGCUAAGGAAAGAGUGAAUGCAAAGGAGUCCCACCGCGGCCUUGUGACGGUCAAAAGCCUGAGCCCAGAGUUCCCCGGCUCCCAGGGAGGCCACGACUACUACAACGAGGUCCUGGGCAAGCCUCCUCCGCCGGGGGGGCUGUUGGACAUGCGUGUGGAGCUGGGCGAGCUGCGGGAGGAAGACGAGGGUCGAAGAAGGACAGGCUCCCCGCCGCUCAGCGCGCUCUAUGAGAACUGCCCUCUCCCACAUAGGCAGCUGCUGCCAUCUGCAGAGCCGCUCGAGCAGAUGGGGAGUGAGACGGAGGUGGAGGGGGGCCCGCUAGCGGAAGCACCGUCGCUGCCAAGUGCCUCCGUGCCUACCCACCAGCCCUGGGCCGGAGAGGGCUGGUACCACGGCAAGCUGAGCCGGCGGGAGGCCGAGAGCCGGCUGGCCCGCAGCGGCGACUUCCUGGUGCGGGAGAGCGGCUCCACGCCGGGCCAGUAUGUGCUGAGUGGGCUGCAGGGGGACACGGCCAAGCACCUGCUGCUCAUGGACCCCGAGGGAGCGGUGAGGACGAAGGAUAAUGUAUUCCAGAGUGUGGGACAUCUCAUUCGGUAUCACGUGGACAAUCAGCAACCGAUUGUGUCCAUUGGAAGCCAGUUGUGUUUGAAGCAGCCUGUCUUGCUGAAACAGUAGCUGGACAGACGUCAUGUACUCUGUGCCCAUACAUUUAUUUCUGCAGCACUUUCUCUGUGGACCUCUUUCCACUUGCAUGGCCAUUAUAGCUAAGUGAAUACUCUACAGUGAACAGAAACUUUGGUCCCCAUUCAUGGACUCAUUCAGCCAUGGAUUUUAACCACAAAGAGACUAUUUUAGCUUAUACAGAUGUCUUAAAGCACAUAUAUAAUCAUUUCAUCAAAGCACAGCAGAAUGUACUUGCUGUGUUUUGCUGAAUUGAUUUUCUUUCUGUUGUUUCUUUGAUAUGGUGCCUUGUUGUAAUUAUCAGACAUAUGAUUGAAUAUUUUGUAACUAGAUUUUUCUACUUUGUAUUUUGAUACAUGUCACAUCUCAAAAAUGUGGUUCUCUUUAAGAUGAACCUGAGCUGAUAGAUCGGUGUCUCUUUCGUAUCAUGAAGGUGAAGAUUGGCAGCUUGACCUAUUUAAGUUUAAUUUUGGUUAAACAAUACUACACUUCAAUACUUCACUUCAAUACUAGAAUUCAAUCCUGAAAUAUGCAAAAAAAAAAAAUGUUUGCAUAAGCUACUUAGCUUCUACAAAAGUAGAACUUGUCAGUAACCCAAUGUGUUUAGCUGCAUAAAAACAGUGUAUUGAUACAUUUGAGUAAUUGUUUUUUGACAAUUCAUUACAACUGAAUACAUAGCUGAUGUAAACUAACAAAGGGUGGUGCAGCCAAAGUCUCAGUAUAGUUAAGUAUAACUAUCAUAAAAAUGUUGUAACGUAUAGACAGUGUAAGAGUUUUAACUGAUAUACCUUUUAUACUUAAGUUAAGACAAUUAGGCUGUUUAAGAGUAUCACUAGGUGUCAUCAGUAUGGAAUUAUACAAAUGAAAAACAGCAUUUCACUCUGCAUUGUAAAUGUAUGUUUCUUUCCUUUCUUUUUCAAUGUAAAUGUAAAUAUUUUGAAAUGAAAAGGCCUUCUCUGCAAGGAAUUAGUAUGGUAAAAAUAAACUGGCUUGCUUUAGAUACCAUGUUUGACAUCUGAAUGUAGGUCUGUAUUGUUUAGCCACAGUUUAGCCACAAGAUGACACUAUUGUGUUAAACUAUUAAAAGGCUGACAAGGAAGAAAUCUU